AGUGAGGACCUCCAUUCCAGUUUGUACUUUGUCAAUGCAUCGCUUCAAGAGGUAGUAUUCGCCAGCACCACAGGGACCUCAGUGCCCUGUCCUGCUGGGGGUGCAGCCCCCGCCUCACUGCGCUGGUAUCUGGCGACCGGUGAGGAGAUCUACGAUGUCCCGGGCAUCCGUCAUGUUCACCCCAAUGGAACGCUACAGAUCUUCAACUUCCUGCCAUCCAGCUUCAGCAAGCUAAUCCAUGACAACACGUACUACUGCACUGCCGAAAACCCCACGGGCAAGAUUAGGAGUCAGGAUGUCCACAUUAAAGCUGUUUCACGGGAACCCUACACGGUCAGAGUGGCUGACCAGAAGGCUAUGCGAGGCAGCGUAGCCGUUUUCAAGUGCAUUAUCCCUGCGUCUGUUGAGUCCUACGUCAGCGUUGUAUCAUGGGAGAAAGACACAGUCUCACUCAACUCAGGACAACGAUAUCUCAUCACACCCACAGGAGCCUUGUACAUUUUGGACGUCCUGCCUGAGGAUGGGCUGAAUAAUUACCGCUGCACCACACGUCACCGCUACACUGGGGAAACUCGGCAGAGCAACAGUGCACGUCUCAUUGUAUCAGAUCCCACCAAUGCAGAGCCAAGCAUCUUGGAUGGCUUUGAUCAUCGGGACGUGAUGAUCAAUCAUCGGGUGGAGCUGCCCUGCAAGGCGUCUGGCUACCCGUUCCCCAAGUAUCGGUGGCUCAAGGACAACAGCCCCCUAGAGCCGGAUAGUCGUUUCCGCCAGACCAUUACAGGCUUAUUGAUAGAGAGCACGCAGCCGAGUGACUCUGGGACCUAUGUUUGUGAAGUUUGGAACAGCUAUGGCAACGCCGAGGUUAUGGGACACCUGCACGUCAGACAGCCCUUGAAGGCAAUGGUCAGCCCUCGUAAGGUGAAAGGCAGUGUGGGUAGCAAGGUGUCUCUGUCCUGUAGUGUGAGUGGCUCUGACGAGUACGAGCUGUCGUGGUACCGCAAUGGCGAGAUCAUCUACCCCGGUAACAACGUUCGUUUCACCGGUCUCAACCGGGAGAAUCUUAUUAUGGAAGGAAUGUCCAAGAGUGAUGGAGGGGCGUAUCAGUGCUUUGCCAGGAAGGGCAAAAUGUCCGCUCAGGACUUUGUGCAAGUCAUCCUUGAAGAUGGUACGCCAAAGAUCCUCUCCUCCUUCAGCGAAAAGGUGGUAAACCCGAACGAGCCCGUCUUCCUAACGUGUAACGUUAAGGGCACGCCGCCACCCCGGUGCAUGUGGUCGCUGGAUGAGGACCCCGUCAUCAAAGACAGCCACCAUCACCUUGGACACUAUGAGACGCAUGAGGGCUACGUGGUCAGCCAGCUGAAUGUGACGCAUACGCAAGUGCAGGACGGUGGCGUGUACCGGUGCACAUGCAGCAACUCGGCCGGUCUCGUGUACCACCAGGCUCGAAUAAACGUAAGAGGCCGUGCCAGCAUCCGCUCGAUGAAAAAUGUCACCGCCAUCGCAGGACGGGAUGCCUUCAUUCACUGCCGUGUGAUUGGCUAUCCUUACUAUUCCAUCAAGUGGUACAAGAACUCUGCAUUGUUGCCGUUCAACCACCGACAGAGGGCCUUCGAAAACAACGGCACACUCAGGCUCACUAAUGUGCAGCAGGGAGAUGCUGGAGAGUAUAACUGCAAAGUGAUGGUCCAGCCCAACAAGAUGGACUCCCAAAGUGUCCACCUACGAGUGAGAGUCCCUCCCUACAUUCAGCCCUUUGAAUUCCAGCGGUUCACCAUUGGUCAGCGUGUCUUUAUCCCCUGUGUGGUCAUGUCGGGCGACCGGCCUCUUGACAUCACCUGGCAAAAAGAUGGACGGCCUAUCCCGACAAGUCUCGGGGUGACUGUGGACAACAUUGAUUUCACCAGCUCACUGAGGAUCUCCAACCUGACACCUGACCACAAUGGCAAUUAUACGUGCAUUGCUCGCAAUGAGGCGGCCACUGUUGAGCACCAGAGUCAACUCAUUGUUCGAGUUCCUCCCCAAUUUGUGGUUCAACCCGAAGACCAAGAUGGGAUCUACGGAAAAACUGUCACUCUCAACUGUUCUGCUGAAGGAUACCCGCCACCCACAAUAGUAUGGGAGCACUCUAAAGGUGCAGGCGUCCCCCUCUUCCAGCCAAUCCUCCUGAACAGCGGCUCUCGUAUCCAGCAGUUGAGUAAUGGCUCCCUGCUGAUCAAGCACGUGCUGGAGGACGACAAUGGGUUUUACCUGUGUAAGGUCAGCAACGACGUGGGUGCUGACGUCAGCAAGUCCAUGUACCUCACAGUCAAAAUCCCAGCCAUGAUUACUUCCUAUCCCAACACCACCCUGGCCACACAGGGCGAGGAAAAGAAGAUGAGCUGCAUUGCACAUGGGGAGAAGCCUAUCAUGGUGCGCUGGGAUAAAGAAGAACGUAUCAUCAAUCCUGAGACCAGCCGAUACAUAGUCACAGUCAAGGAAGUGGCCGACGAAGUCAUUUCAACACUGGUGAUUAUGCCUACCGUACGUGAGGACUCUGGCUUCUUCUCCUGUCAUGCCAUCAAUUCCUUUGGUGAAGAUCGAGGAAUCAUACAAUUGACAGUGCAAGAACCUCCAGACCCUCCUGAGGUGGAGAUCCGGGAGGUCAAGGACAGGACCAUAGCACUUCGCUGGACCAUGGGCUUUGAUGGCAACAGCCCAAUUACAGGAUAUGACAUUGAGUGCAAGAACAAAUCAGCUUCAUGGCUAUCAGCCCAAGUUACCAAAGACGUGUCACCACAGCUCAACCAGGCCACUAUCAUUGACCUCCACCCUUCCUCCACUUACAACAUCCGCAUGGUUGCCAAGAACAUCAUCGGCAACAGCAACCCGAGCAACGAGCUUACCAUCACAACUGAUGAAGCCGCCCCUGACGGCCCUCCACAAGAUGUCACUCUGGAGUCCACCUCACCUCAGAGUAUCAAGGUUUCCUGGAAGCCUCCCCACAAGCAUUUGCAGAACGGUGUGAUCCGAGGCUAUCAAGUCGGCUACAGGGAAUACAGCCCUGGUGGAAGUCACCAGUUCACCAUCAUCAGCGUGGAUACCACAGGAGACACUAUGGAAAACAUUGUGCUGGACGACCUGAAGAAGUUCACGCAGUACAGCGUUGUAGUCCAAGCUGCUAACCGGGCUGGCACAGGACCAUCAUCACAGCAGGUCAUCACCAAAACCUUAGAAGAUGUACCAUCUCGGCCUCCUGAAAAUGUGCUGGCUGUAGCCAAAUCCCCUGAGGUCAUCUCACUGUCCUGGAUUCAGCUCCCGAGAGAGGCGCUCAAUGGGAACCUGCAGGGUUACAGAGUCAUCUACUGGGCAAACCUGCCUGAUGGAGAACUCGGUGAAAUCAGGAACGUAACUACUAGUCAGCCAUCUCUGGAAUUAGAUGGUCUAGAGAAGUACACAAACUACAGCAUCCAGGUGUUGGCCUUCACUAACGCUGGAGAUGGUGUGCGCAGUGAACAGAUCUACGUACGGACAAAAGAGGAUGUUCCUGGUCCGCCUGCUGGCGUGAAAGCCGCAGCCUCCAGCAGCUCUGUGGUAUUUGUCUCCUGGUUGCCUCCCCUCAAGCUCAAUGGCAUUAUCAGGAAAUACAUCGUCUUCUGCUCGAAUCUGCAUCCGAUGGUGAUGAGCGAGUUUGAGGCCUCUCCCGACGCGUAUUUCUACAGGAUCCCCAAUCUGGCUCGGAACAGGCAGUACAGCAUUUGGGUGGUGGCUGUGACUGCUGCUGGUCAUGGCAACAACAGUGAGAAGAUCACAGUGGAGCCCAUGGCCAAAGCUCCAGCUAGAAUUUUAACCUUCAAUGGUACAGUGACCACCCCUUGGAUGAAGGACAUUGUCCUGCCAUGCAAAGCUGUUGGGGAUCCACCUCCCACAAUUAAGUGGCUCAAGGGAAAUACCAAUGGAACUCCUACGCCUGUCCUGGUGGAUGGUCGACGGAGUGUCCAUGCCAAUGGUAGCUUCAUCAUCCGAACAGUGAAAGCAGAGGAUUCUGGCAACUACAGCUGUGUGGCCAGCAACAACUGGGGCUCAGAUGAGAUCACUCUUAACCUGCAGGUUCAAGUGCCUCCUGAUCAGCCACGUCUCACAGUAACAAAGACCACCACCACUUCAAUCACAUUGUCAUGGAUACCAGGAGACAAUGGCGGAAGUUCCAUCAGAGGGUACAUCCUCCAGUACUCAGAGGACAACAGUGAGCAAUGGGGCAGUUUUCCCAUCAGCCCCAGCGAACGUUUGUACCGUCUGGAGAACCUAAAGUGUGGCACCUGGUAUAAAUUCACCUUGACAGCUCAAAACGCUGUUGGUCCGGGCAGAAUAAGUGAAAUAAUUGAAGCUAAAACUCAUGGGAAAGAACCGCAGUUUGCCAAAGAACAUGAACUUUUCACCAGCAUCAACUCCACUCGAGCGAGACUAAACCUCGUUGGCUGGAACAAUGGCGGCUGUCCAAUCACCUCCUUCAUACUCGAGUAUAAAGCCGUGGACUCGGCCACCUGGACCACUGCACAGCGCACAUCGCUGACCAAGAGCUACAUCCUGUACGAUCUGCAAGAGGCCACCUGGUACGACUUGCAGAUGAAGGUCAUCAACAGUGCUGGCUCAGCAGAGAAGAAGCUCACCUUUGCCACUCUGAAUACAGAUGGAAGUACCAUUCCUCCUCUGCUGAAAACAGGCGAUCCUAUCUCAGACAACAUGUCAGGCAGCGGAGGUCUGAAAAUGGUAGUGACCAUUACAUCCAUUCUUGUGGUGGCCGUCCUGGUCUUCAUCAUGCUUAUGGUGCUCAAGAGGAGGCGCAGGGAACAGAGGCUGAAAAGACUACGAGAUGCCAAAAGCCUGGCAGAAAUGCUAAUGAGUAAGAAUACGCGGACGCCAGAAAAUGUGAAUAAGCAGCAACAGACACUAAGAAUGCAUAUUGAUAUUCCGAGAGCACAGCUGCUCAUCGAGGAGAGGGACACCAUGGAGACAAUAGAUGACAGAUCCACAGUACUGUUGACCGAUAACGACUUUGGCGACACAAAUAAGCAGAAGUCGUCCACAGUGACACACACGGUCCACUACCAGUCUCUUACUCAGGCCACUGGACCACUGGUGGACGUUUCCGAUGCCAGGCCCGGAACCAGUGAGUCCCACCAUUAUCCCACUGCUAGACGCACUGCCAAAGCUGGUCCCGCAGCUGCACGGAACCGGUACGCUAGCCAAUGGACUCUGAACAGGCCACAUCCCACCAGCUCCUCACACACACUGACCACUGACUGGAGACUCCCAACGCCACGUGCUACCGGAUCUGUGGACAAGGAGAGCGACAGCUACAGUGUCAGUCCAUCACAGGAUACAGAUCGAGCACGAAGCAGCAUGGUGUCAACUGAGAGCGCCUCAUCAACCUAUGAAGAACUGGCCAGAGCUUACGAGCACGCCAAGAUGGAGGAACAGCUCCGCCAUGCAAAGUUUACCAUCACAGAGUGCUUCAUCUCGGACACCUCCUCCGAGCAGAUGACAGCUGGGACCAACGACUACACCGACAGCCUGACCUCCAGCACGCCGUCUGAGUCGGGCAUCUGCCGCUUCACUGCCUCGCCACCCAAACCUCAGGAUGUCAGUCGUGUUAUGAAUAUGGCUGUGCCAAAGGCUCACAGACCUGGAGGAGAGCUGGUGCACUUACCGCCUUACCUCCGCAUGGACUUCCUUUUGAACCGCGGCGUGCCCCGAGGUGGGGUGGCGAGCAGCAGCGGCGCAGGAGCGGCCGGCGGUUCUGCUGGUGCUACGGGAGAAACGAGAGGAGGAGCGGGGGGAGGAGCAGUGGGCCAGACCUGCCUGGAGCCUCAGAGGAGCCGUACCCUGAAGAGGCCCCCUCCGAUGGAGCCCACCCCCAUGGAAGUGCCCUCACCCAGGGAGGUGCAGCAGUGGCAGCCUGGAACGGCGUCCACCCUCCCGCACAGGGAUGUCCGGGAACGGGGAGAGGCUCGGGGUGAGGUCCGAGCAGAGGUUCCCCCAGCUGGAGACCUGGCCCAAGCACAGGCUGCUAAGCUCAGCACCUCCCAGGAGUCCCUGCUAGACUCCAGAGGACACCUGAAACAAAGCAACAACCCCUAUGCCAAGUCGUACACUCUGGUAUAA